CCGGUGAAAUAUCUGUUUCAUUGUUCUAUCUGUGCGACUAGUUUACAUGCUUAUGUUUUUAUUUGAUAAAUACUGCACCAAACAUCUUAGCUAAAUCUACUAUUCGGCAAAAACGUUAACAUUGAUGUAUCUUAGAUGAAUUCGGACUAUUUUGAGGAAGUGUUUCUGGCCAUGUUGUUGCUAAGGUGUCUCAAGAGGGGAAAACAACAGUAAUUAUUGCUUAUUUCAUCUCGUUUUUCAAGCGAAGGUCUUUGGUGUGUUUAAGAGUACAGGCGGUCCCUUCGCCUAGCUGGGUUAUGUUAGGAGCAAACGGAACCUAUGCUGACGCCUUUAGGCAGGGGUAGCAACCCUGGUCCUGGAAGGCCGUAAGCACGUCAUAAUUUUGAUUUAACCGCCGGCACUCGGUGAACAGGGUACCCCUCCUGAGUCAUCCAAUUACAGAACCCAGACAAUCCGCACACGGGCCGAAUAGCCACUACGCAAAUUCCAUACCCUCUUCUCAUCAGGGAGCGGUUUCUGAUGUUAUAACACUGAUGGUAUGUCUAGAUGGAGUAAAGCUCUAUACAGUUAUCACGUCGGGGACAACAGUUGUUGACAACCAUAGCGUUUUAGCUUUAUUUUUUAUUUGUAUUUAUUUAACUAGUCAAGUCCGUGAAGAACAAAUUCUUAUUUACAAUGACGGGCUACCUCGGCCAAACCCUCCCCUAACCCGGACGACUCUGGGCCAAUUGUGCGCCCGAUCGGUUGUGAUACAGUCGGGGAUCGAAUCAGGGUCUGUAGUGACGCCUUUAGCACUGAGCUUUGGUCCCUUAGACCACUGCGUCACUCUAAAGCCCCAGUCCCGACAAACCAUCACUAUCACCACCGGUGAUAAAUACACAGGGUAGUCCAAUCAUUUUGUGAAAAUGCCGCAAUAGCCCAAAAAGCUAGCGUACAAUAAUCAACACGGCAUGUUCCCCAUCAUUUAUUGUCAGCUACAUCCUGCCACAUCAGCUGUUGUCAGACACACCUGGGUCUGAGAAGUAGGCCUUAUAUCACAUAUUUUUAUUAAUUCGAGCUCAAAACAAAGCCUGAUUUAACAUAAAACAAUAUGUUUGCACAAAUAUUUGCACGUGUAUAAAGUUGGUCUGGUGCUGUAGAACAUUGUCGGUCACGUGACAUUUUAUCAGGAAGUUACAUUUAGCGCUUUUUGAUUUUUAAGUUUUAUAUUAGUGGAUGCUUGCUUGUAUGAACACCCCGAGUUAACUGUUUGUGGUUGUAUGAUGAAUACAACCAACGAAAUAAAAAAUUAAAUGUCGCGCAUUGAUUUAUGAUGAACCUUUGCUGAUUAUGACUCAUACUGCCGUAUCCACGACAACGGAUGUAAAAAAGAAACAAACAUGGCAUGAAAUUAUUCUGCAAAAGGUUGUUUUUUUUUACAUAAAAAUGAAUGAUAAUUUUACAAUGACAAACACACGUUCCAAACCAGGACUUGGAUUAGUUGAAGGUGGAGAAUCUGAUAAAGGACUGGCAAGUGUCUCUCAGAGAGGAAUGGAUGACACGGGAGAGUCGAUGAUGAUGACUCCUGAGGAAAAACUUACCCAGUAUGAUAGCAGGGCCCAAGCCUUUGCAGACACUCAACAGUUUGAUGCUUGUAUCCAGGACCUUGUCCGCUGUGUGGCUCUUACAAGACUGGUGUAUGGAGAUGGGCAACUGAAACUAGCCCAAGCCCAUGUCAGACUGGCUAAAGCAUACCUACAGUUUAAAGGCUGGGCAGUGCAGGCCCAGGAGCACUCAGCCAGAGCCAGUGAACUGCUCCCCUUCUGCACCCCCAACUCCACCAGCCGGGAGGACAGGGUCCACAUUCUCACCUGUCUCCUCAACAUAUACCUAACACAGGGAGGCGCCACUCUGCUGCUGGCAAAUCUCGAGGAAGCAGAGUGUAAUCAUCGAAAAGCAGAGAGGAUUGUGGUAGAUCUUCAUCAGCUAGGAGGCAUAAGCAAGGAGGAGAAAAUGGAGACUGAGUUUGAGAUAUCCACGUCUCUGUCCAGGGUGUACCAGCGGCAAGGCAGGUCAGAGGAGGCCCUGGGUCAGUGUGAGAGUAGUUUGCAGUUGCUGGAGGGCUGGGAAAGGCCAGGUCAGGCCUGCUCCGUCUAUAAGGACAUGGCUGCCAUCGAACAGGCCCAGGGCCACCUCGACAGAGCUUUAGAGCACCUCUCUAAGGCUCAUGCCAUAGCUCUGAGUCAGAGCCCUGGGGGUCUGGAGGGGGCUCACAUCGCUCACAGUCUGGCCUUGGCUUACUCUACUGUAGCAGAGCCCCACCACAAUGACUCAGCAGCACACUACUAUGAGGAGAGUCUGAGUACAUACAGGACCUCCCUAGGCCCACAGGCUACUGUCACUCUCAACCUUCAGGAUGACUACUGUCGCUUCCUCCUCCUCACUGGGCAGCAAGAGAGGUGUGUAGAGAUCCAGAGGGAGUCCCUGGCCUUGAAGAGAGAGACAUUUGGUGACCUGAGUCCUGAGGUGGCUGACACUCUGCAGCUGAUUGGAGGGGUGCAGAUGACCCAGGGCCAGGUGAAGCAUGCCCAUAGGACCAUGAGCAAGUGUCUGGACAUUCAGAGUGUCCUGUAUGGCCCUCAGCAUAAGAAGACAAGAGCCACGCAGAAGACAGUGGACAUGCUGGCCCAGGCGCCCGAGGUUGCUGGGAGACAGAAGAGGGAGGGUAGCCUGAAAACAAGGCCUCCUUUCUGUGCAGUCCUACCUUCUUAUAGCAAGGCAGGAGGAAACGCCAACAUGUCGGACUCCUAACAUGCCAUCAGAGCUGAGCUGGAUGAAUGAGCCUCGGCCCUCUAAGAAAAUAAAGCCUCUCCCUUUGUCGCAAGGAGAAAUUCUAUGAAUUGGAAAUGGACCAAGUAAGACCCCUGGCAAUCCUUUCUGUUUUCAUUGUGCAUUCUCUGAGGAAUUAGUGUCAGGCUGUUGGCAGGACUACGCAGACAGAACUCCUCAGAAUGAAGGGAAGGUUCUACAGCUCAGAGAAGAGCUGCAGCGGAGGACUCUGUCCCUUCCUUGUCUCUCUGUGUGUACAACGAAGACGUUCAAUGUUAUGUUUAUGUUGUAUUAAUAAAGACUCAAACUCAGGAAACACA